GGGCUGUUGUCAGCGCCGCUGCUGCUUCUCCUGUGGGAGAGGGAAGCGCCUGCUGUUGGGCGCGCAGCAAGAGUGGCGGGUGGGCUCGCGUGAGGGGCGCGGUGGAGGCGGGAAAGACCCGGUCGCCUCCCUGACAGUCUCGUUGCCCGUCAGGGUUGUGACCCGAGGGAACCCCGGGGGCAGGGGAGGCAUCGCCUGGGGUGCCAGUAAGGUGCGGGGCGCCCGAAGGCGGUGCUGAGGGGCGCGCCCCCUCCCAGGUCGAGCGGGGCGCGGGCUCUGCAGCAUGAGCAGCAGCAGAGUCGUCCGGAGAAGUGCAGCGGAGACGGGGCUGGCGGCGCAGCUUCUACUGGCGGUGGUGACCACCGGCUGCCUUUGGGGCGCGACAGAGGCCCAGCUUACUGGAGUACUUGAUGAUUGCUUAUGCGAUAUAGAAAGCAUUGAUGACUUCAACAAUUUUAAGAUCUUUCCCAAAAUACAGAAGCUUCUAGAGCGCGACUAUUUCAGAUACUACAAGGUUAAUUUGAAGAGACCAUGUCCUUUUUGGGCUGAUGAUGGUCAUUGCUCUAUUAGAGAUUGCCAUGUAGAGCCUUGUCCUGAGAGCAAAGUACCAGUUGGCAUUAAGGCUGGAAGUGCUAACAAAUAUUCAAAGACAGCAAACCAUACCAAAGAACUUGAAGAAUGUGAACAAGCUAACAAACUUGGAGCCAUUAAUAGUACAUUAAGCAACCAGAGUAAAGAAGCUUUCAUUGACUGGGCCAGAUAUGAUGAUUCACAGGACCAUUUUUGUGAACUGGAUGAUGAGAGAUCUCCUGAUGCUCAGUAUGUGGAUUUGCUGCUGAAUCCAGAGCGUUACACUGGAUACAAAGGGCCCUCUGCAUGGAGAUUAUGGAACAGUAUCUAUGAAGAAAAUUGCUUCAAGCCUCGGUCAGUGUAUCGUCCACUAAAUCCACUGGCAUCUAGCUGGGGGGAGGAUGAUGGAGAAUCUUUCUAUACAUGGCUAGAAGGUCUUUGUCUAGAGAAACGUGUGUUCUAUAAGCUCAUUUCUGGACUUCAUGCUAGCAUCAAUUUACAUCUUUGUGCAAAUUAUCUACUUGAAGAAACUUGGGGAAAACCUCGUUGGGGAGCCAAUGUGAAGGAAUUCACCCAUCGUUUUGACCCUACUGAAACAAAAGGAGAAGGUCUAAGGCGGAUAAAAAAUUUAUAUUUCUUAUAUUUAAUUGAACUCCGUGCAUUAUCAAAGGUUGCUUCCUAUUUUGAACGUUCAGUUGUUGAUCUUUACACUGGAAAUGCCCAAGAGGAUGCAGAAACGAAGUCUCUCUUGCUAGAAAUCUUCACACACACAAAGUCAUUCCCUAUGCAUUUUGAUGAAAAAUCCAUGUUUGCUGGAGACAAAAAAGGAGCGACGUCUUUAAAGGAAGAAUUCAGGUUGCAUUUCAAGAAUAUAUCCCGUAUAAUGGAUUGUGUUGGAUGUGAUAAAUGCAGAUUAUGGGGCAAACUGCAGACUCAGGGUUUAGGAACAGCUUUGAAAAUCUUAUUCUCGGAAAAAGAAAUUAAGAAUCUUCCUGAGAAUAGUCCAUCGAAAGGCUUUCAGCUAACACGGCAAGAAAUAGUUGCUCUUCUGAAUGCAUUUGGAAGACUUUCCACAAGUAUACGAGAACUGCAAAAUUUUAAAGUUUUAUUACAACAGACAAGUUAAUGAAGGCUUGUGGACCUGAUGAAUAGAAACAGCCAUUAACUGACUACAUCAGGCAGAAUGAAACCAAUCUUGGAGGACUUGAUAUAAAAUGUUUUAAAUAAAAAAAUACAAUACCAACUUGAAUAUUUAAAGUAAGAAAGGUUAGUCAGUGGACAAAAUAUUUAUAAAUUAAGUACCUAAUUUUAAAAAUGUAAAUUAUGCUCACCACCCAAUAUUUUUUCUGUUUCUCUUUCUUUGUAUGCCUGUUUAUACCACAUUUGGUAUGAAGAUAUUGUUUCUCUCUUCAUGAUUUACAUCCUACUGCAGAAACUUCAUCCAGGCUGCUUUGUCUGUAUGGAGAAACCUUGUGGUGUUGCUGAAAAACAGCUGACUUUUAUAUGUAUCUGAAGGACCCGGCCUUGCUAAGCAAUGAAUUUUCUUGGCAUAGUGCAUAUAUUUGAUCCCCGUAAUAGUAAAUGCCACGGACAGUAAAAAUUUUGAGAAAAUAAGCCCAUUAGCAUCCAGCACCAACAGUCUGUCUCUCACCUUAAUCCCACCCCCCCCACCCCAUUUUCUUUCUCUUCACAGCUGCCUUCUCUGUGAGAAAACAAGACUGGACAAAGAUGGCUGUUGUGGGUUUUCCGGGCUGUAUUGCCGUGGUCUUGGCAUUGUAGUUCCUGACGU